GCAGAUGAUUGUUGUUUUGGUCUUUGGUCGUGUGUGUGCCGUAGAAAACACGGAUCUGGAAGUUCAGUUAUUGACUUCAAAUUUACAGGCCGGUGCCUAAAUACCGAAGAACUAGGAAUUGAAAAGGAAGCGCUGAAACGGAAUCAUGGCCAGCAACAAAAACACCUUGGCUCCUCUAGUGCCAAAGGAGAUUUUGCCCAUGGAUUGGCAGGAUGACGAAAGGAUGAGCUUUCUACUUUCAGCAUUUAAAGCCAGGAGUUUAAAUCCAGUUAGCUACGAUGCCAAAUUAAAGUUCUGGCGAGCUAUCAUUGAGGACUACUGCUCCCAUUGCAAUCAGAUUGUGAUCGAUGAAGCUCUGCUGAAAAGAGCGUUUGAGAGGAAUGGCACUCUGCCAGCCUGUUUGUCUACUGUGAUCGAAUCCCUCAAAAAUGAUGGUAAACUCAUUCCACUGGAGGAGAUGCAAAAAAUGGGAUAUCAUGGUCAAUCGUGGGCAGCGUGGACAACUGACAAACUUCUCAAGAACCCUGCGUCAUUUGCAGCUAACAAACUUUGGAGUGCUUUAGGUUAUGACAGCAGCUCUUCAGCGCAGCUAACUAGCCAGAAGCUGAUUUGUAUUCCAGCAUUAAAGGCGCAUGCUGAAGAAUUAUUGAGCAAGAUGUGCCCUGACCACAGCAUUCUCCAUGCCUCUUCAGAAGUGAUGCUUCUCGCAGAUGUACUCAAAGACAAACCCAACAAGCUUUUUGCGGAACUUGCAAUCAUGUGGCUUUGCAGAAACAAUCAGGCGAGUGUCGAGGACAACGUAAGCCCAGCUCUGGUCAAAUUCGGUCCCAAUGCCAAGAUCAGCGACUUGGACAGGCAGACGAUCUCCCUGCAGAGGCAAGAGACUCUUCUCACGCGCAAACUGCAUGAGCUGGAGGCGGAGAAGGAGAAAUGUGUCGUUGAGGCCUCAAAUUAUCUCGCUAAGGGCAUGCGACCCGCGGCGAAGAAUUCUCUGCGGAAGAAGCGAGAGCUGGAGCGUCGGGUGACCCAGCUGUCCGACUCGUUGACCAACCUGCACCUGAUGAUUUCGCAGUUGAGCGAGUCCGAGUCGCAAGCGCAGGUGAUCGGCGCGUACAAGCAUGCGUCUGCUUCGCUUAAGGCUGUCUACAAAGAGACCGGACUCAGCGAGGACAACGUGGCCAAUGCGAUGGACGAUGUUGAGGAGGCCUUGGAGCUGCAUGAUGAAGUGAAAACCAUGAUUUCUAAGCCUGUUGGCCCAGCUGUCGCCUCCAUCGAUGAUGAUGAGCUGGAAAGAGAAUUGGCCGACUUAUUGGAGGAACCAGAAGGACCUGGACCUUCAGAUGGAGGAAUGCCUGACUUUGAUAUUAACAAGCUUCCCAAUGUGCCAUCCUCGCCAGUUGGUGUUAAGACGCUAGAAACGCAAUACUCGCAGAUUUGAGGAGCUGCAAGUGGGCUUACAUCAAAAGUUAUUGACUGAAUAUGUUGCAAAUUUCAACUUGCUCCAGAUACUUGAAUACCUUGAAUAUAAAUACAUUCUCUCAAUAAAAA